AUGCCUCAUACAGGGAUUCCCCGGAAACCGCGUUUUACCUGAGCUUGCUCCAUUUAAAGUUUACAAACGAAUGAAUUUUCACCCCAAGAAGCAUGUCAGCAAUACAGAGACGUAAAAGGCGUGGUAAUGCAUCUAGAAGAGAAGUUAAUCCAGAAGAAAAGUUGAAGAAAGCGAUUGAUUCUUUUAUGAAAACAGUCACUACGAUUGAUGAUGAGUUGACACAUCACUGUGGUUUAUGUGCCGAUGCAAAUCGACCCCUAGGGAAUUUAAGACCCUUGAUGAAGGCUCUAGAAAUAUCAUGUCAUGGUAUUCCUUGGAUCUUCGGUACCAUAGCAGUCUUAGUUACAACGCACAUACCAGAACACUUUGAAAUUGCAGUUAAUCUAUUGAUAGUUCUUCUUGGAGAUUUAAUAAUAGUUGCACUGAUGAAGGUUCUUUUUCAAAGACAGCGACCACAACACAACAAGAAUGACAUGUUUGCCACAGUAUCAAUAGACCACUAUGCAUUCCCAUCAGGCCAUGCAACAAGGGCAGCCAUGUUGGCAUAUUUCUUUGCAGAUAAAGUCUUUGCCGAUGCAGCAACAAAAGGAGUAAUCAGUUUAUGGGCUAUGUUUGUGUGUAUGUCUCGUGUUUUGUUAGGAAGACACCAUGUGUUAGAUGUACUUUUUGGAAUCAUUAUAGGAAUUUGUGAAUUUAAAGUGUUAGCCUUGUAUUGGUUACCUCAGCAGCUGUGUUUGAGUAUUUUAGAACCAUUUUUUGGUCAUUUUCAUUUAUAACAUUAAACUAUUUAUAUAUAAAUUGAAAAAAUGUUCAUAAAUAGUAAAAUAAAAAAUUGCAUUUUCCCAGUAUGACAAUGUAUGAUACAAAUGAUCAUAAGACAUUAAUUACAGUAUUCUUAAAAUGAAAAUAAUGUUUCUGUUAAAAUUAAUACACAUUUAAGUUACAUUUAAGAAGGUUAUCAUAUUAAAAACAAACUGCUCUACUUAUAAAUUUGUUUUUUGAUGUGCUAACUCCUUAUUACAUUUGGACACAUCACAGAUAUAAAAUAAUGUUAUAUGGCAUAUGCUGCAUAUAUUUUUCAUAAAAACCACCAAAGUGUCACAUGAUUGAUUGUAUUUUUUUCUUCAUUUUUGUCAUUCAUUCAUACAUGUCAUAUUGUGUAUCAAUGAAGUUCUGGUUAUGAUACAUAAUUGUCUCAGUUUUGUAACUUAUCUUUUAGGUGUUAAUUUAUAUUAUUAUACAUCAUGUACAUUGUAGAAGAAAUAAUUAACUACUGUUUCAAGGUAUCAUAGUAUGUCCUCAAUAUCUUAAGUCAUGUGUUAGUUCCUAUUUUCUAGAUUUGGAAGUAUUUGCCAUUUGUUGGUGCAGUAUGAACAUUAUUGCUUGUACAUGUCUCAUGAUUGUAUGAUAUAAUAAUAUCUUUGUUAAUAACUUCUGAAUAUGAUCUAGAGUCCUUGACCGUUAACCCAGUGGCUUUUGGAUGGGAGAUGACAUUUUGUCUUGAAAAGAAAAGCUUUCCAUCCUAACUUUAUUAAGAUUGGAUAAAGGGUUGAACUGUGGUUCUAAAAGUUUUUCCAUUUCAUUUUAAAUUUUACUUCUUUUAGCUGUAGUAACCAUGACCUCUGACCAUUUGACUUAAAAACAAAUCACCUUUUUGUCUGCAAAGGGUUGUAAACUAUUAAUAUAUCAUGUAUAAGAUAAUAAAUUAAGAUUUCAAGUCUAAAUUGAAACUACAUUUAAACCUAUAAGUGCGUUGGAUAAAAGAUUUCACAUAUACUAUCAGUUUUGAAAUUUUACCAAUAGAAUAUACAAUGUACUAAUAAAGCUGAUGUGACAUAGACAUUUUUUCAAGUGAAUAAGAUCAAUUGAUGUGGUCAUCUCUAUGUUUGGCGCAGUCGGGCCAAGUUUGACAAAAGCUGAAUUUAUUAUUAGAGAUGUAAACAUUCUGAAACAGGAAAUUUCUCAUUAUAUCUGUGAUGACUUAAAGACCUAAAAACCAUUAGCAAUCUUUGAAUGAUCUCAAAAUCUAUAAAAAAAUCAAAAUGUUGAUUGUGGGAUGCCAUUUAUCAUACAAUUUUGUACAUGUCAUAAUUCCAGUUUGAAAAGUUGCAAAUCCACUCAUUAUACUAGUCAUAUUUUAUUCAAAUGAUUUCAUUGGUCAUUGCUAAAAUGGCUAUCUUAUUUUAGGGAAUUAUGUUCAGGAACAUUUUUUAAACAUUGUUACUGAAUUUAAAUUAAUCAUCGAAUCAAUUUACAAAUGUAUUUAGUAUAUAUGUACAUGCAUUACAAACCAUUAUUGAUCAUUUGUCACAAAGAGAUAUAUUUGAAUGUAAAAUCAUUUGUAACAUACAGAUUUACAUGUAAGACAUGUCUGGUAAGGUUAAAUAUAUAUGAAGAAAUAUGAUAAGUUGUAACCAUUUUCUGUCAAUUUUAAAUAUGUUGUUAUGUUCUACAUGUACUUCAUAGUGUUUAGUCAAAUCUCUGUCUACAAAAUACUUGUAUGUGUGUCUCUUUUUCACUUUUGUAUGUUAAUUGAUAAUUAUAUAGGAACUCAGGGUAUUUAUUAAUUCAAAAAAUAUUUUUAUCAUUGAAAUCCAUACCUUUCUGUACAUGCUGUAUUAAUUUUAGGAGUUUACACUAUGUGACACUUAUCUAGACUUACUACAGAUUUUAGUUGCCAAAUUAUUUUGAAAACUUCAAAAACUUCACAGCCAAAUCAAAGGAAACCGGUACGUUUAAUUAUUUGCACCACAAUUAUACUGCUGGUUUCACCCUCUCAUUUUGUGCUGCAUCUGUUUAUCUGUCAUAAGUUUAUAUUGCAUGUUUCUAAGCAGCUGUAAGUUCCGACAUCGUGAUAGUUGGAAUCACACACUUUAAUUUAUUUGUCAAAAAACAAUAUCAUUCUUUAUAAGAUUUUUACCACAUUUUUUCUGAGUAACUUAUAUUUUUUUCAAGAUUCAAAUAGUUAUAUUCAAAGAUGUGUAUAGAAUAACUUAAACUUUAAUUUCAUGUAAACAGAAUAUCCCUUGCUGUUUGAAAUAUUUAUAACUACUAGAUAAACUAUACUUGUUUAAAAAAAUGUCUUUACAACAAAAAUAAAUGUGAAUUCUUCAAGGUCUUUUUUGAGAUACAAACAUUCAAAAUUGAUUAUUUUUUAGCAAGAAAAUAAUGUAUUUGGGAAUAUCUGUAAUGAAUGUAAAGUAAAAAUGAGGGUAUGGGUUGAUAAACUAAAAGUUUUUUUAUAUUGACAAUGCUUUUUUGUUCAUCAUUAUUUACUUUAAGUGUGAAUUAUUAUUACAUGUAUAACUUGGGAUAAUGGUUUUUAUUUUCAACCAACUGCUUUGGUUAGCUUUCUGUAGUAGUAAAACUGGGUCUUUUUCCAUGUUGUAUUUAUAAUUAGUUGUCAACCUAUAUAUAUAUAGCUCCACUGUGCAGGUUUAUUAAUACUGCGUUUAACCAGUCAAAAUAUGGUCUUAAAAGACAUAAGGGUAUGCACAUGUAAAACUGGUUAAUCUAGCCAAAUGUUGUGUUGGUACAUAGUUGGGCUAUUUAGACCAUGCACUGUUACUUUUUGUAUGUAAAUUUUUUGGAAGGAGUUGGAACCCUAUUAUGUGGUCAGAGUUGUAUUGCACAAUAUUUUUGGUAAUAUCUUUUAUUCCUUAUUUAUGUACUUUGUUUAUUCGUUAAAGAAUGUAAAAAUGCAUUGUUGUCCAAUAGAACAUUCAAUGUGUUAGCCAUGUAACUCGACCACUUACGUGGUGAAGAAGAAGAUAUAUUGUGAUAGUUGUCUAUUCGUUCAUCCACAGUUGGUGUCUGGGUAAUGAUAUGCAAAAAUGAAGGAGAAAAAUGACCCUAUUGUUUUAUCAACGUCUUAGUGCUGUUAGUUUACUCCAAAUCUUUUAAGGGCUGUUCCCAUAAAACAUACAUCAGACUUCAAAAUCUUAAGUAUGUGUGGGUGUUUUUGUAGUGAAACUGUAAGAAAAAAAUGCCUCUAUAGGUUGUUACCUUAUUUUAAAAGUGUUUUCCAUGUUUUACUAUGUAUAUUUAAAUGGAUCAGACAUAACAUUUAUUUUGAAAUUUAUUUAUUGUAAAUGCCCUGAAUGUUCAAGACCAUAACCAGAUGCAAAGAACUUUUAUUUAUAUAUAACCAGUGUAAAUAGAACACCACAGUAUUCAAGAUAUUACUAUUUCAUUAUGAUAACUGUAGUAACUCCUAUCUCUAUUGAUAUAGAUAUAUUGAAUUGAAGGUCACUCAUAGUUAGAACUCUGUUCAAUAAAGUUUUCACAACAUUAUUAAGACAUUUUGAAUGAUCUCAAUAUCUAAAUGAUCUACUUAUAUGUUAAAUGAGAUUUAUUUAUAAUGAACAAAUUUCCUACGUUUUUGUUGUGGGUAAUGGACAUUAUCUAGUCAUAGGAAACUGAAGAUGAAAAAUUAUAUGUGUUUUCCAGCUAAGCACCAUUGAUACUGGCUAAAUCAUGCAUGUUAUUCUAACGACCAAGAGAAAAAAAAAUCUAUUUAUUUAUAUAACCUCUUUGGAAAUGUCAAUGUAGAUCAGUUUACUUAUAACUUCAAAGGGAAACUUUAUGUUUUAAUGUACAAACAAGUAUUAGUUUUGUGUGGGAUGAUAGAGGUCUAUAUACUGGUGUCUAGAUUUACAAGUUGACACAAAGACAUCAAGUUUAAAUUUAUAUUACAUUUUCACUAUGAUUCAAUUGUACAAUUUAGAUACUACACUAUUGUUUUUUGUUUUUUUGUUGUUGUUUUUU